AUGAUCUCCAGCAAGCAUCGUCGGAAGAAACACUUGCCACGAAUGCUUUCAACUCCAUUUGAUCUCAAGACUCAUAAUAGUGUCAUUGCGCAAAAUGGCAAAAUUUCAUUACGACAUAACGAAAACAUUCCCGGUUCAAGUCUUUCGCCACGUUAUUUCUUAUGGCACAAUGUAAUGGGUAAAAGUGCUCGACCAGGUUUACUUAGAUGCGACCUUCAACGACACGUAAUUGAAAAAAGAAUGAAAUACUUGAGGAUCAGCUGGCGACAACAAAUACCGUUUACUUCAUCGUUAGCAUCAGGAGUGCAUAGCAUGGAUAUGGAUCCCGUUGAUAAUCGAUACUUGUUAUGUGGUGCAGCUCGUGGUGAAAUAUCAAUCGUGGAUUUGGAAAGGCCGUUCCCAACCGAUAGUCGGAGUCCGGUAGAACAUACGGUUACUCCGUGCCGCGCAGCAUGUUUGCAUGGAUCUUUGAUAACGUGCUGUCAGUGGUAUCCGCAGGACACGAGCACAUUUAUAUCUUCGGAUAGAGUUGGGAAACUGUGGGACGCUAAUAAAGCUGAAGUCAUAGAUGAAUAUUUCUUCGAUAAUGAAAUAACAGAAAUGCACUGGUGUAAUGCUUUCAUACGAAAUCCACUUAUAGCUGUGGCAAAUCUAACCUCGAAUAUUAUUCUUAUAGACCCCAGAGUUGGUGAUUCUUCACAUAAUUUGAGAUGGCCAGAGGAGCGGGUUUCAUCGGUGAGAUGGUCUUUAGAGAAUGGAAAUAUUUUAACUAGCGGUUCUGUUCGUGGAAACAUUACGGUUUGGGAUGUCAGAAGUGCGAGGAGCCAAUUAAUGACUGUGACACCUUCUAAUCGAUUUUCGUGUCAUUGUAAAGAUUCUGGUGCUGAAUGUAUUAGUGGUUUGAGAUUUUCAAACGAUGGCUUAUACCUUGUUUCAUUGUCACUGAAUCACACUUUCACCGUCUGGAGAGCUCAUACAAUGGAAAUAAUCAACCAUGUUUGGUUACCUCAAGAAUAUACUACCAAAAUCGCUCCAUCUAUUCGUUUCGAUAUAUGUUCGGAUGAUGGAGUCUUACGUACUUGCACGCCUGUGGGUAACGAAGUACUCAUUUUAACUCUAGACAAGAGGGAUCAAGAAAACUUUCGCGUCCUUCUUGUGGGUCAUUUUCAACAAGUCAACGCAUGCGUAUAUCGCCAAAAGUAUAAUCAGGUUAUCAGUUCGGGAAAUGAUCGUAUGAUACAUAUCUGGAGUCCAGACAUGGACGAACAGCUCCCAGACCAACAGUCAGAAAAAAUCUCGAGAUUGCAAGAAGAUCGCUGGAGCGAUGAAGAAGGAACACCAGGAUCCAGUCAUAUGUAA